UGUUGUAGUUGUCAAUCACGUUCCUCUGUACACCUUACACGCUGGACGACAUUUUUCUGUUUUUUAUCGAGACAUCCAACCUGGCAGUAAGAUAUACAACAAGAUAAGGAAACGAUUUCGAAAUACAAUCUUUUGCUGACGCGUUUACUUAUGUGCGUACGUACAAAUAUACGGUGUUUGCGCAUGCAUUGUGCUGGACCGAGAACAGAGGAGGAAGGCUGGAGUUGAGUUACAGUAUAAGCGAACUCUAAAGCUAGCGGUGUAUGUGUAGUCUUCCCUGCCUGGAAUUGCAUUCGGAGACGAAUUAAAAACGCAUCGUUUCGGUUUGUUUAUACUGUGUUGUUUUAUAUCAGGUACUUAUUGUUGUGCAUGUGCAGAAUACUGUAAAUCUGGCCUUGCUGGCGGUGUCAGAUGUAACGCUAACGCUCUAAUAGCCUAUUAGUGCUUUGUUGCUAAUAGUAAUAGAUUUGUUUACAUGCUCAAUUUCGAGUUGGCUUUGUAUGUUUGUCAUUGUGUGUUUAGGAGAAAUCGUUAUCGCGUUGUUGAACUGAAGCUAACGCACGGCUGUUGCUCCACGCAUGCUACUUUAGCGAGGUUAUCACUAGCUACCAUACAGCCGAACCGUGCAUUCAGAAGUGUAUUUAUCACACGAGCAUGACGGCAGAUCUACAGAGAUGACCGUAACCGAAUAAAAGUGCUGUAGGAUCAGGCGGAGUACGGAAAGCUCAUGGCUGUGCGCCGUUAGCUCGCUUCAGCUCUCCUAGGCCACGUCGCCUGUGUGUGUUGAUGUGUUUGAUCUACUGACAGUGGCGUUGCAUGAAUGCAAACAAGGAAAAGCUUGAAGUCGCCAACUGUGCGGAAGGGAUACGGCGGAACCGUCGAAGUAGUUGUGUCACCAACUUCAGGACACUUCAAGGUUGCUGUAAGCCGAAUGGGGAAGAACAGAAAUCUUUCAAGAUAGAUAACUUCGCAGAGCAGUGGCCACAUCAGUAGUUUCUUGUUUUUACGUGCGGCGCUCACACAAAGCCAGAGAUCGUGGUCGGUGCGCCUCUUCGAUUACGCGAUGAUCGGCUUCGGCGCGAAUCGACGUGGAGGUCGCCUCCCGUCCUUCAUCCUGAUUGUGUUAUUGGUGAUUAUAGUCAUUCUGUCGUUUAACUACUGGAGCGUGUCCACUAAGCACGGGCGGCUGCUGGACGAGCUGGCCGAGAUACAGACGCAGGUGAAGCGCACGGACGCGGCGCGCUCGCGCCUGGAGAAGAGAAACUCCGAGCUGAUGAUGCAGGUGGACACGCACCGGAAACAGAUCGACCAGAAGGACGGAGACUACAGCGUGCUGGAGAGCAAGCUGCAGGCCAGGGAUGCGCUGGUCAAAGCCUGCACCGAUGAGAAGAAUAAGCUGCAAAAUGAUGUCAGCGCCCAGAUGUCAGAGAUUCACAGACUGAAAGAGCAGGUAAAGGAGUUGAGACAGGAGGUCAUCCGACAGGAAGACCAACUGAGGGAAUUGCGGAAAAACAGCACCAAUUUGGAAAAGAAGCUAGAAUAUGAGAGCUUGCAGUGUGGCCGACAAAUAGCUGAGCUGAAGGCAGAAUAUGAAGAGAGCAAGAAAAGAGUUGAAGAAGAGGCAGCAAAACUCAGACAGAGUUUAUUAGAGAAUCGUAAAGUGGACACAGGGGGUCGGCAGGUGGAGGCGGAUCUUGAUCAAUCCAUUAAAAGAAAAGAGGAUGACACUGCAGAGCGCCACACAGUGGCUGCACGGCGAAAUGAUGGACCACUUCUUAAAGAUGAUAUGGGUAAACCUGGUAGUGAUGCUGGAAUGCCUGGUAUUGAGGACAGUGAAGUAGGCAAGAUAGAAGAUGCACAGUUUGCGCUAAAGAAGCCAGCCAUCACGCCGCAGAAGCACAUGGAGCCCGCAGAAGCUGCGGCAUUGCUGAAGGAGGAGAGGGCAGGGUUUGGAGCUGGUGCCGGUGCCAGACCAGGGGAUGAUUUGGCCCGCGGGCAACCGUUGGACAGACCAGACAUGCCCCAUGAUGAAAACCUGCAUUUGGGGAACGACGACAUACCUUUGCAGCAACAGCUUCCAAAGCCGGUGGCAGACAAACCCAUGCUGUUUGACAAAGAUAAGGCAGCCAUAAAGGCAGAUGAGUUUGGGGAGCAGCGUAGACAGCUGGGAGCUGAGGGUUUAAAGGCAGAGGGAGUUGGACUUCCUCCUCCUCCUAACCCAGCUCAUGUCCUUCCCAAACACAUUGACCAGCACAAUGGCAGAGAUCCUGCGCCUGCUGACCUUCCACGUCACCGUCAGAGCCGUUUCUUUGAUGAAAAUGAGUCCCCUGUAGAUCCGCAACACGGCAAUAAGCUGGCGGACUAUAACGGGGAUGAUGGCAACGUGGGUGAGUAUGAGGCGGACAAGCAGGCCGAGCUGGCCUACAAUGAGGAAGAGGAUGGUGAUGGUGGGGAGGAAGACGUCCAAGACGAUGAAGAUCGGGAGGCUCCAGGUGAAAGGGCUGUGGAUUAUGGAAAGCGACAUCAAGCCAUUGACGUCCUGUAGUUCAACCUCUCAAAAAUCCUUUACAUUGAGCUUUGGAUGUUUCUGACAUUUGAAGUAGCCAAGCCAGGAAAAAGAACUUUGGAUUUCACCUGCAAUUUUGGUAUCACGAUUGGAGACAUUCAGACUAUUCAAACUAUUUCAGUGUCUUCAGAGAGGAACAAGUUUCAGCGUUUCCGGCUGUGAAAUCAGUGACUGUGGAUGAGUUUAAAUCAACUUAAAUAUGACAGUGAUUUCAUGAUCUGCUGCAAAUGUUUGCUUGCACAUGACCUAAUUUGAGAGUAUUGUUUUCAUGUUUGUUUGUUUGUUUGCUUUUGCCCCAUCUAUAGCAUAGGUCUAUCAGAAUUGGGAUUUGGAACUAAUAUAUUGUACAAAUUUUUUUUUUUUUUUUUUGGGGUUAAUAAAAUACGUUCUCCAGGGACUGGAGGACACUACUGUGAAUAAAUAAUACGGAAGUAAUAUUUCUCUGUUAGAUUCACAAAGUGGAACAUAUUGACACUACUGGUGAAAAGGACCUCUACAACACCAGUUUUCUUUUUUUUUUUUUUUCUUUUUUUAUAAAGAACUGCUGAAAAGCAUAAUCUCCCUUUAUCUUUUUGGACAACUGUUGCUGAAUUGAAGUGUAAACUAUGGGACGAUGCAAUUAAGUUGCUGUUCAACCUUUUAACCUCUCUCUGGUAAAUAAUGACACCAAUUGACCAGACAUGUUAUUUUUUUUAACUAAAUGACACCAAUUGGCCAGACUUUUUUCUUUUUUUUUAAACACUGUUUCCAAUUCUGAAGGAGCACUCAGAAGUGCACAUGGAGUCUUGUAAGGACAUUGUUGCAUGCAAAAGGCAGCCUUUGUAAAUCAGCCUGUAGUUCAUCAAGAAAAUGGAAAAAAGCAAUACUCGGUGCCACAGACUAAACUCAUCACAGCUGUUGGCCUGCUUCCUUUCUUACUGGUAGCUGUAGAUGUACAGUACAUAUAAGGAGGAAUCUGUGUGACAAGGAAUGCUGUAAAAUUGCUAAACUGUCAAAAGGACAUAAUGAUCAUAGACCUAACUGUUUGUGUUUGUUUCAUAAUUAAACAAAAAUUGGUAGGGUUGGCAUACUGAAUGUACUCUUUUAGCUUGUGAUUGUUUUUGAGAUCUGUCACAUGGGUGUUUGGGCUUUCUUACACAGCUGUGCAGUGCAAUCCAAGGAUAACAAUUAACAAAAUACUCUAUAUUUCAAAUAAACUGGUCCUGUUUUGGGAAAAGUACAAGUCCUAUCACUGUGACUGAAGUAUAGAAAGUAGUAGCAUCAAGAAGAGCACCCAGAAAUCUUCAUUAAUUUGUCCCAGGCUGCUUUACAAACAUAAAUGAUUACA